AAAAACUACAACUCCCACAAUGCACCAGGAUGAUUUGAUAUUGAAUCUGGGGAAAGUACGGAACUGCCUCGACUAACUUUCAUUUUCGUUUUUUAUGCUGAGUAACUAGACGACAUGGCUGCUCUGCAGAUCCGCGUCGAGUCCAAGAAACAGGUGGAUGACUUCUGCCAAAAGCUCAGCAAGGAGGCCGAAGACCUGGUUUCCAAAUUCUUCCCACAGAAGAUUGAAGAGCUGCAGAUGCUGUUGAAGACAUCUUUCACCUGUGAUGACCUGGCAUCCAUGAAGGCUCCGCUGGACAUCCCGUUUCCAGACCCAGCUAAAGAGGAGGCCAAACGCAAGAAGAAAGAGGAGAAGGAGAAGAAGGAGGGGAAGAAAGACAAGGACGGCGAUAAAGAGGAUGAAGACUCAGGUCCUCCUUGUGGUCCCAUCUGCACCAACGAGCGAGUGGAGAGUCUCCUGGCGGAGGUCAAGCCUCAGAUCCAGACACUGAAGGAGAAGCUCAACACGGUCUCAAUGUGGGUGCAACUCAAUAUCCCUAAAAUUGAAGACGGCAACAACUUUGGAGUGGCUGUACAGGAGAAAGUGUUCGAGCUGCUGACCAGCACGCGCACCAAGAUCGAGGCGUUCCAAACCCAGAUUUCAAAAUAUUACAACGAGAGAGGCGAUGCUGUGGCCAAAGCCUCCAAGCAAAACCACGUGGGAGACUACAGACAGCUGGUUCAUGAGCUGGACCAGUAUCAGUACAAUGAGCUCCGCCUUGUGAUCCUGGACAUCCGCAACACAUAUGCUGUGCUGUUUGACAUCAUUAACAAGAACUAUGACAAGAUUAAGAAGCCCAGAGGAGACGGCAAGGCUCUCAUCUACUGAGACUCCAGCAGCUCUCUAACAAGAUACAACUAGUGUAGUAUGACACUCAAGUAACAAAACACCCGCCCUGACCAAAAAAAAAAUCUUCUUUUUCUUAUUCUGCAUUCAUUUUGGUUCAGAUUACAAAAUAAAGCAACAUGAUUCCGAUA